CGGCGGGAGGAGGCGCGGGCGGGCUCGGCGCUGCCGUCGCCGGAGGGGCUGCGCGCCGCUCCGCGCCGGCGGUGGGGCUGCGCGGCGCCCCGCGCUGGGGGAGGCGCGGGCGGAGCCGCCACAGGUGACUCGCGGGCCGGGGCCGCGUUCCGCCGCUCCGCCGCCCCUGCGCGUUCGCGCCCCUGCGCCGCGGCCGCCUGCGCGAAGCCCAUCGUCAGCCGCCUCGCCGUGCCGGCGCUGCCGGCAGCACCGGAGGACAUGGCUUUGCUCCGGCUUCUUCUCCUCCUGCUCCUCGCCCAGCGCGGACCGAGGGUUGCCGCCGGCCAAGGGCAGGCGGUGCGCGGCCGGGAGCGGGCGCUCGGAGGGACGCAGUCUAUUUACAACCACAUCAAGAGCCGGGAGCCUCCGCCGGCCCCGCGGAGCCGCUCUUCGGAGAGCACCAUCUUGGCGCAGCGGCUCGCCCAGGAGGUGCCCCAGGACGUGGCCUCGUUCCUCUACACGGGCGACUCCCGGGAGUUGCGGCGAGCCAACUGCUCCGGGCGGUACGAGCUGGCCAGCCUCGCCGGCAAGUCGCGCUUCACCUCGCACCCCUCCCUGCACGGGGCCCUGGGCACCCUCACCCACGCCACCAACUUACUCAACAUGAUCCUCCAGAGCAAUAAGUCGCGGGAGCAGAACUUGCAGGAGGACUUGGAGUGGUACCGCGCCUUGAUCAGGAGCCUGCUGGAGGAGGACCCCAACAUCUCCAGGGCAGCUAUCACUUUCAGCACGGAGCCUUUCUCCUCCACUCCCCAGGUUUUCCUCCAGGCCAGCAGGCAUGAGAGCCAGGUUCUCCUGCAGGACUUGUCCUCCUCAGCUCACCGACUGGCCAAUGCUUCUGUGGAAACAGAGUGGUUCCACAGCUUGAAGCGCAAGUGGAGGCCACAUCUGCACAGGAAGGUCUUAAACACGGGCCCCAAAACUUUGGAGAAUAGCUGGAAGAGGCGGGAGAGCUUUGCUGCUGAUAAGAACCACAUCAGGUGGUCCUCACCAUACCUGGAGUGUGAGAAUGGGAAUUACAAACCUGGCUGGCUAGUGACUCUCUCGGCGGCUUUCUAUGGGCUGCGGCCAAACCUCAUCCCCGAAUUCAGAGGUGUUGUCAAGGUUGACAUCAAUUUGCAGAAGGUGGACAUUGACCAGUGUUCGAGUGAGGGGUGGUUCUCGGGGACACACAGGUGUCAUCUCAACAAUUCUGAGUGCAUGCCAAUUAAAGGCCUUGGAUUUGUGCUUGGAGCCUACAAAUGUAUUUGCAAAGCUGGAUUCUAUCAUCCCAACAUCUUCUCAGUGAACAGCUUUCAGAGAAAAGAUGGAGAGAAUCGCUUUUCAGUUGGUGAAUUGUCAGAGGAAAUCUACACCUGCCUACCCUGCAGAGAAGGAUGUUCCUACUGUACAGACGAUACUCCCUGCUAUGCACAGGAGGACAAGUAUUUACGGCUGGCUAUCAUCUCAUUCCAAACGCUCUGUAUGCUGCUGGACUUCAUAAGCAUGCUGGUAGUCUACCAUUUCCGCAAGGCAAAGAGUAUCAGGGCUUCAGGGCUGGUGCUGUUGGAAACCAUUCUUUUUGGAUCUCUUCUCCUGUACUUCCCAGUAA